UAUAUAUAUAGUGUGAUUUAAUAUGGUGUAAUGUUUCUCAUCCUAAUGACACCCCAAACAUACAUUCUUCUUCCACGGCUGGGUAGCCAAACAAUCCCACAACAUUAAAAUCCUAAUGCCUUCCUAAUCAUUGUUCCCGCUUUGCAACUAACAUUUCCAUUUCCCGCCACACUCUCCCGCGCAGGCGCAGCACCCCUUCUUCUUUCCCUCCACUUGCCGCUCCAGUUGCAGUUGGUCGAAAAAAAAAGUGGAAAGGAAAGGGGCAAAAUAUCCUAGGGUUCUGCCUCCAUGGACAUCGAGACCCACGCCGCCGCCCUGGCCCGCGACGAGCUGCGGCGGCUCCUGGCCGCCACCCUCAGCCCCGACAAGGCGUCGGUUGACGCUGCCGCGGCGGGGCUCGACGCGCUCUCUUCCGACCCACGCUUCCCCCUCGCCAUCCUCGCCGUCGCUGCAGGGGACGGUGAUCAGGGGAUGAGAGUCGCUGCAGCGACAUACUUGAAAAAUUUUACCCGCCGCAAUUUGGAAACCCGUCUGUGUUCAUCUGAGGUUUACAAGGAGUUCCGUGACCAACUUGCCCAGGCUUUGCUUCGAGUGGAGCCUGCAAUUCUUCGAGUGCUGAUUGAAGUUUUCCGCCAAGUUGUUGAAAAAGAUUUUGUCAAGGAUAACUUGUGGCCUGAGCUUAUCCCUCAGUUGAAACUAGUGAUCCAGAGCAGCAAUCUAAUUAGUCCAGGCCAGCAUCCUGAGUGCAAUACUAUUAAUGCACUCACAGUACUUCAAUCUGUUGUAAGGCCCUUCCAGUAUUUCUUGAAUCCAAAAGUUGUGAAAGAGCCUGUUCCACAACAGUUGGAGCAAAUUGCAGCAGAGAUUCUUGUACCAUUGCAAGUGACAUUCCAUCACUUCUCUGACAAGGUUCUUUUGUCACCUGAUGGGACUAACUUGGAAUAUGAGCAGCUCCUACUCAUCACAUGCAAAUGCAUGUAUUUCACUGUGAGGUCAUACAUGCCAUCUAGGGUGAAACAAAUUUUGCCUUCCUUUUGCAAAGACAUGUUCCGUAUACUAGAUUCUUUGAACUUUAAUAGUCUUAUUGAAGAUGGAUCUACCAUGAAGCUCAAGAUUGCAAAGAGAUGUCUCAUUAUAUUUUGUGCACUUGUUACACGUCACCGGAAACAUACAGAUAACCAGAUGCCACAUAUUGUCAACUGUGCAAUCAAAAUAUCAAAACAAAGCAUCCAUUUAAGUAAACUCGACUCUCUCCCCAAUCGGAUUGUUUCAUUGGCAUUUGAUGUGAUUUCUCGAGUUUUGGAAACAGGACCGGGAUGGCGACUAGUUUCACCACAUUUUUCUUCACUUCUUGAUUCAGCAAUUUUUCCAGCAUUAGCAUUGAAUGAGAAGGAUAUAGAAGAAUGGGAGGAGGAUACUGAUGAGUAUAUGCAAAAGAAUCUUCCUUCUGAACUUGAUGACAUUUCUGGAUGGACUGAGGAUUUGUUCACUGCCAGAAAAAGUGCAAUCAAUUUACUUGGUGUUAUAGCGCUAUCAAAGGGUCCACCAGUUGCAUCUGCAGCAUCGAAGCGUAAGAAAGGUGAUAAAAAUAAAGGGAAAUCUGAAAUGAGCUCAAUUGGGGAGUUAUUGGUCACCCCAUUCCUUUCAAAGUUUCCUAUACCUUCCCAUGGUGAAGAUGCAUCAUCAGUAGCAGUGCGGAAUUAUUUCGGUGUUUUGAUGGCAUAUGGAGGCCUCCAAGAUUUUCUGACUGAAAAGAAAGAUUUGACAAUUACAUUGAUCAGGAACCGGAUUCUCCCAUUAUAUUCUUUGGAUCCUUGCAGCCCAUAUUUGAUUUCAACGGCUAAUUGGGUUAUUGGUCAGCUUGCGAUAUGCCUACCAGAGGACAUGAGUUCUAGUAUUUAUGAGUCCUUAAUGAAGGCGUUGACCAUGGAGUAUGUGGAGGACAUAACUUGUUAUCCGGUUUGUGCCUCUGCUUCUGGUGCUAUUGCAGAACUCAUUGAGAAUAGUUAUGUUCCACCUGACUGGCUCAUUCUUCUGCAAGUGGUUCUGAAAAGAAUAAGUACUGGAGAUGAAAAUGAGUCUGCUCUUCUGUUCAAGCUUCUGGGCACAAUAGUUGAGGGUGGACAGGAAAAAGUUCUGUCUCAUAUUCCUGAAAUUGUAUCCAACAUUGCCAGUACUGUAAUGGAGCUCCUACCCCCUGUCCCAGAUCCUUGGCCUCAGGUUGUUGAACAGGGUUUCGCAGCCCUCGUAGCAAUGGUGCAAGCUUGGGAGAGCUCUGCACCAGAUGAAAACAAGACACCUGAAAAGAGGUUCUGGCAGUCAGGCCAGUCUGCAAUUGCCCAAACAAUUUCAUUACUGUUACAAAAAGCUUGGUUGUUGCAAGCUGACAAUAUGGAGGGCUCUGCAUUACCACCUCCGUCAUGCGUAAACGAUGCUUCUGUGCUACUUGAGUUUGUCAUGAGUUCUGUCACUUGCAUGGAAGAAACGGCAAAUCUGAAGGUCUUUGAACUGGUAGCUACAUGGGCUGACGCUAUUGCCAACUGGGACUCCUGGGAGGAGAUGGAGGAUCAGGGUGUUUUCAACACAAUUAAAGAAGCUGUCAAUUUCCACCAGAGAUUUGACCUCGACGGUCUCUUCCUGAAAACGCUUCCGUCGCAGUCUGAAAAUGGUUCACAGAGUUCAGUCAUCGGCCGUGUCUCUAAUUUUGUGACUAGGGCAAUUGCAGCUUACCCAUCCGCAACGUGGAGGGCAUGCUCGUGCGUCCAUACACUGCUGCACGCUCCAAAAUUCUCCCUUGGAGCACAAGACACUAGAAAGACUAUUUCCGAAUCCUUUGCACAAGCAGCGUUUUCCCGCUUCAAAUCUGUAUCCGACAGUCCUGCUGGGCUAUGGAAACCACUGCUGUUGGCGAUAUCCUCGUGCUACAUCUGCUAUCCCGAUGCCAUCGAACAAGUCCUGAACAACGUUGAUGGUAACGGUUUUGCGAUCUGGGCGUCUGCAUUGGCACAAGUCUCAAGCAGCUUGUUCAAUCCUGGCCUGUCAUCUGAAUCCGAGAUCAAGUUAGCUGUGCUGACGCUAUCUACUGUGAUCAACCAUCUCGUGUCCCUUUCCACGGGUGGCACCAAAUUGUUGCAAGACUGCUAUGCAUCACUGAUGGAGUCUUGCAUUCAGCUGAAGGAAGUUCAGGACGAUGGGGACAAUGACGAUGAUGAUGAUGGUGCUGAAGAUGUUGAUGACAACGAUGAAGAGGAAGACACCGAAGAUGAUGAUGAGGAUUCGGACGACGACGACGAUGCGAGAGAAGAAACAGAAGAGGAAUUUCUGGAAAGAUAUGCACUAGCGGCGGCUGCGGGCGAGUCAGUCGAGGAAGGAGACAUUGAUGAAGAGACCCAAGACAUCGAAUUGGGCUCUCUGGAUGACGUGGACAUACAGCAGGUGGUUAUUCCCCUGAUGCAGAAACUUCCUGCUCUGCAGCCCGCCGGAGCGUUUCCGGACAGCCUGGUUGAAAGAAUUGCAGAAACAUUCCCGGAAUACGAACAGUUUUUGCAAGCCCUUCGACGAGCUUAGAGUAUAGGAAACAUGUGCAGAUUUUUCUCUUUUUGUUAUAUGUUUAUAUUUUUUUGUGUCAUUUUUGGUUUGCUUCUACCUUGAGCGUUGUUCCGAGAUGUGUUUCUUUUUGUCAGAUAUGGUGUUUAUUUUCCCUUGAUGUGGGUGGCAAGAUAUGGGUGAUGAUGUACGUACGAUGGUUACAAGUAUGUUGUGAGCAUAAUUGUUAUGGCAACACUAUCCUCCGUUCGGCUAUUUUGCCUAUUUUUGUUUG